AUGAUACAUACACCCUGGACCGUGACUUGGGAUGCAUCUGAUACUGCGACAUUGACGCCAAAGCUACCGACAUUGGCGAGCCCAAUGAUAGUGCCGACGUGGACAACUGGUCAGACGAUCCCGGAUGGAGUUUAUGACUACAAACCGCCGAGACUUGAGAGUGGUCCUGACCUUACAAAAGAUAGUCUUUUCAUGUUCCUGGUUGUUGGAUGCCCUCUAAUUUUGUUCGUGUUGAUCUGCUCAUGCGUGUUUUGCUGCAUAAGGAGCUGCAGAAAGAAGAGGCGGCAGAAAAAGGCUGCGAUUGUUGCGGCAACGAACGACGCACCUACUUCACCGCCCAAGUGA